AUGAUGAUCAGGAUUGGAUUGAUGAUGGUGCUGGCGGUUGUGACCAUGAUGGUGGUAAUGACGAGGAUUGCCAUCCGCGCAAUCAACAGCUGCGUAGCGCAGAUGCUGGAUGGCACGCCAGCUCAGGAGCCGAGACGUGCGGAUGAAGGACCCUUUACGCCUGCCACGCUGGCAGAUGCUUUGGAGUGGCUGGAAGACAUGAUGCAGUCCUUUGAGCGCCUGGACUUCGAAGGGGAGCUCUUCGACAUGUGGAUCCUGGAG